AUGAGCGACGAAGAUUUGCUGCGACUAAAGCUGCUCAACGAUGAGCGACCGCUCAAGAAGCUCAUGACGAGGCUCUACGCUCUUGCGCAGCUCAGCGAUGCCGCCAGCGAUGCUCGCAGCGAGGAAGAAAUCGAGGCACAGCAUGUCUUGUUCGAGAUGGAGCUCGACUAUGUCAAGGGACUCCUGCUCAAAGGCAAGGGUAAAGCUGUGAUGCAAGCGAGCGCACGAGAGGUGCAGAGCUAUGCGGAUCAGGUCACGCGAAUCAACGCGGAACGACAAGCGACUAUGAACGACAUUACGUCGCUCCAGAACGAGCUCGCAUUGGCACAGCAAGACCGACUCAACAAGAUUGCUUACGAUGCUGUCACAAGGGACAUCAACAAGUCGGCGACACGAGCUGCUUCUCUCGAGAAUAUCGACAGGCUACAAAGCGAUAUUGCUUCGCUCUUGGCAGACCAGACGAAAUACGCCGACGCUUGGACGCACCGCAAGAACGGCUUCGACGUCAUCGUCAAGGCACUCGAAGAUCUGACAUCAGCCGUCAAGGAACAGUCCGAAGCCGAACGACGCAAGCAUACGCUCGACGACGAAGACGCCGGUGCGGACAACAGCGGUCCCGCAUCGAGAAUGAAGUCACCUGACUCGCUCGAGGAAGGCGAGACGAGAGAUGACAGGCCGACAAAGCUCGAUCCCUCUGCACCCGAAUUCGAGCCGAGACGAUCGCGGCGCGAGGCUCAACGGCCGGACGAGUCGGUCGAUGCCAGCAUGAUCGAGGCGGACAAGACGAUAGAAGAGGGCGAGAUGGACACUCGCUAG